AUGUACAUCUCCUUUGAAUCGUUCACGGCCUUCUUGGCCUGUCUCACAGUUUGCCACGGCCUUCAGGCUUCCCAGAUACCCUCAGAUACACCACUUUCGUCUUUGAUCUCCUCCGCAAAAACCCACCUCGCAAACGGGUCGCCUCGUGACGCUUUACUCUUCUACGAUGCAGCUGUUUCGCGGGAUCCCACGAACUAUCUCACCGUUUUUCAGCGAGGCGCGACUUUCUUGUCGAUUGGAAAGAAUUCACAAGCAUUGCAGGACUUCGACCGCGUACUAGAGCUGAAACCGGACUUUGAAAGUGCUUUGCUUCAACGAGCGCGCUUGAGAGCCAAGUCUGCCGACUGGAUUGGUGCAAUUAGCGACUUAGAAAAGGCUGGCAAGAAGUCCUCUUCGGAGUAUCAAGAGAUACUAGACGCGCAAAACGCAGCGCAACUAGCACAAGAUGCGGAGAAACAAGGCGCUUGGGAAAUGUGUGUGACCCAGGCUAAUACGGCUGUUAUCAAGGCGACCACUUCUUUAGGCCUACGGCGCACUCGAGCGCAUUGUCGCCUAGAGAAAGGAGAAAUAGAGGAGGGCAUUAGCGACCUAGCGCAUGUUCUACAGAUGUCUCCUAGUCUAGUGGAGCCGCACCUUCAAAUAUCGUCAAUGUUGUUCUUUGCUUUAGGAGAGGGUGACCGUGGUAUUUCUCAGAUCCGGAAAUGCCUGCACUCGGAUCCUGAAUCAAAGCCAUGCAACCGCCUUUACCGAAAGGAGAGACAGCUGCUGAAACGACUAGAAAAACUCCGGGGCGCAUUGAGUUCGCGGAAAUAUAGCAACGCUGCAAAUCUGCUGGUUGGGGUAGGUGAGGACAGUGGGCUUCUGAAUGAUGUUAAGGAGGAUGUCACACGGGCGAGAGAUGAGGGCCAUAUUCAUCCUGCAGCACCCAACGAUCUUUACAUGUCUUUGGUUGAAAAUACGUGCGAGGCUUAUCGCGAGAUGCAUAUGUCUAGGCGCGCUACGCCUUAUUGCUCAGAAGCGCUUGAGUUGAAUCCAUACUCCCUUCAAGCCCUUCUGUUUAAGGGUCAAACUGCAAUUGACGAAGAACGAUUUGAAGACGCAAUGCGCACACUGAACACAGCCAAAGAGCACCAUGCAGAUUCCAAAGACGCCCAGGAUCUUCUGCAGAAAGCACAUAUAUUGUUAAAACGGUCCAAGAAGAAGGACUACUAUAAAGUUUUAGGUGUCAGUCGUGAUGCAGAUGAACGGACAAUCAAACGCGCUUAUCGUCAGUUGACGAAGCAGCACCACCCCGAUAAGGCCGCUUCUCAGGGUGUUCCCAAAGAAGAAGCUGAAAAGAAGAUGGCUACUAUUAAUGAAGCGCAUGAGGUUCUGUCGGAUCCAGAACUUAGGGCACGUUACGACAGCGGCGAUGAUCCCAACGACCAUGAAUCCCAGCGAGGAAACCCAUUCCAAGGAAGCCCCUUUGGCCCCGGUGGUGGACAACAGUUCUUUUUCCAGCAGGGGGGACCGCAGUUCAAUUUUAAGUUCUCGGGUCCCGGCUUCGGUGGUUUCCCAUUUCGUUGA